CGUCAGUAAUAAACAUCUUUUAAUUUGCGAACGAAGAAAUGCAUUAAACCAAUAAAGGCGGUGAUAAAAACAAUUAUUCAUCUAGUGCUAAGUGUGUGUGCCAUAACAAUCGCCAACUCAUCCGUGUUCGGGGAAAAUGAGCGUUAUUUCGCUCGAUAUUUAGUAUUCCUACACGUCACAACAAAAUGCAUCGUCGAAAAAGCUCGAGGGGCUUCUGUAACUAACAAUAUUAUCAUCCUAUUUGAAGAUGCAAUCAAACAUAAAAACAAAGGAGAUGUUCAUUUUGAGGGCUUUAGAGAAAAUCCUAAAUGAUAAGGAAAUUAAACGAUCACACCACUCACAACUGAAAAGGGCAUGUGAAGUUGCUUUGGAGGAACUGAAAAAAGAGAUCUCGGACGAGGGAGGAGGUUCCACUGCGCAGCAGGAGGAUGGUGCAGGCACUGUGGGAGGUGGCAACGGCCGACCAUCGGACGCGUUGCCCCAACCAGCAGGCGGUGGCGACGGAGGACCUGGAUCUGGAGGAGCCGCCGCCUCAAAGUAUUUCCUGCCAUUCGAACUGGCGUGUCAGAGCAAGUCGUCGCGGAUAGUUGUCACCGCCCUUGAUUGCUUGCAGAAGCUUAUAGCCUACGGACACCUGACGGCAGAUGUGCCAGAUACCACAGCUCCUGGGAAGCUCCUCAUUGAUCGCAUAGUUGAGACGAUUUGUUCGUGUUUUGCAGGACCUCAGACUGAUGAGGGAGUCCAACUGCAAAUUAUCAAAGCCUUACUCACUGUGGUUACCAGCCAGCACGUGGAAGUGCACGAAGGAACGGUAUUACUGGCGGUACGCACCUGCUACAACAUCUUUCUAGCUAGUCGCAACCUUGUCAACCAGACAACGGCUCGGGCCACCCUUACUCAGAUGUUAAACGUGAUUUUCGUACGCAUGGAGAACCAGGCUAUCGAAGCUGAAGUGCAGGCGGAGAUAAACGACUCGCGUUCUGUUCGCUCGUUAAAAGUCGAUGCGUCUGAACCACAGGACAGGGAAACACAAGUUACAACGCCCCUUGACUCUGCUGACGUCGUUGUCAAAGACAUACUAGACACUGUGCUUGAAAACGUUUACGCCGAGGCCGACAGUCGAACGGAAACAAACGAUACGAACGAAGGCAGUGUUCACUCUUCAAUUACCAGGAUACCAUCCCAAGAAAGUAUGGACACUCACAGCGAGAAUGACUCGGCUGUAACAGCAAAAUUCACCCACGUCCUGCAAAAAGAUGCAUUCCUAGUGUUUCGUGCACUGUGCAAACUAUCAAUGAAACCGUUGCCGGAAGGCACACCCGAUCCCAAAUCGCAUGAGCUCCGUUCCAAAAUUUUAUCGUUGCAGUUGCUUCUCUCCAUUCUGCAGAAUGCAGGGCCGGUGUUCCGCUCCAACGAGAUGUUCGUUACCGCCAUCAAACAAUACCUGUGUGUUGCGCUCUCUAAGAAUGGCGUGAGCUCAGUGCCCAAGAUCUUUGAAUUGUCCCUGGCCAUUUUCCUCGCUUUGCUGUCCAAUUUCAAGUUGCACCUUAAGAUGCAAAUAGAGGUCUUCUUUAAGGAGAUAUUUCUGAACAUACUUGAAACGUCGAAUUCAUCUUUUGAGCAUAAAUGGAUGGUUAUCCAGGCUCUUACCCGAAUCUGCGGCGAUGCCCAAAGCGUCGUGGACAUUUACGUUAACUACGACUGCGACUUGGCCGCAGCCAACCUGUUCGAACGAUUGGUUAACGACUUGUUCCGAGUGGCGCAAGCACGCCACGCCCAAGAACUGGGAGCCUCGCCCAAUCAAGAAAAGGCGAUGCGAAUGCGAGGCCUUGAGUGUCUCGUGUCUAUACUUAAGUGCAUGGUGGAGUGGAGCAAAGAUUUGUAUGUCAAUCCCAACUUACAAUCGACGGUGGGUGAGCCAGGUGCUACCUCCGGUAGUCAGACGCAGCAAGCUGCCAGAGACAGUAAUAACGAUACGUCCUCGUUGAAAUCGCACGGCGGUUCCUCCAAUAGUUUACAUUCGGGCGACAGUCUCGGUAAUCGGGAGGUAUUCGACUCACCUGAGCAGCUGGAGGUUGUCAAGCAGCAGAAAGAGGUAUGGGAGGCCGGCAUCGACACAUUCAACCGUAAGCCUCGCAAGGGGAUUGCGUACCUACAGGAGCAUGGAUUACUGGGGCAUGGACAAGAUGAAAUCGCACGUUUCCUUCACAACGAAGAUCGACUCGACAAGACUAACAUAGGCGAUUUUCUUGGGGAAAACGACGACUUCUGCAAGGAAAUCAUGUACACGUACGUGGAUCAAAUGGACUUCGUCAACAUGGAUUUCGUAGCUGCUCUGAGGCACUUCCUCGACGGGUUCCGGUUGCCUGGUGAGGCACAGAAAAUCGACAGACUGAUGGAGAAGUUCGCAAGUCGAUAUUGCGAAUGCAAUCCGAAUAACGGUUUGUUUGGCAGUGCAGACACCGCUUAUGUGCUUGGUUUCUCAAUUAUCAUGUUGACAACAGACCUGCAUUCACCACAGGUCAAGAACAAAAUGACCAAAGAACAGUAUAUUAGGUUGAAUCGGGGAAACACCGAGAGCAAGGAUGUACCCGAAGACUAUCUCAGUCAGGUGUACGACGAAAUAGCGGGUCACGAAAUUAAGAUGAAAGGUACUGUGAACAAACCAGGCAAACAACAGCCACAGAACAAUAGUGAAAAACGUCGAAAAAUCUUAUUUAACAUGGAGAUGGAAGCGAUAUCGACUGCAGCUAAAAACCUUAUGGAAUCGGUAUCUCAUGUACAAGCACCGUUUACUUUGGCCAAACACCUCGAACACGUUCGACCGAUGUUCAAAAUGGCUUGGACGUCCUUCCUCGCCGCCUUUAGCGUCGGUUUGCAAGACUGCGAUGAUUCUGAGGUGGCCGCUCUAUGUCUGGAUGGCAUCCGAUGCGCCGUUCGUAUCGCUUGCAUCUUCCACAUGUCAUUGGAACGUGAUGCUUAUGUGCAGGCGUUAGCCCGUUUCACUCUGCUGACAGCCAAUUCGCCCAUCAUGGACAUGAAGGCCAAAAACAUUGAUACGAUCAAAACGUUGAUCAUGGUGGCCCACACUGACGGCAAUUACUUAGGCUCAAGCUGGUUGGACAUUCUCAAGUGCAUCUCCCAGCUGGAGCUCGCCCAGUUUAUUGGAACCGGUGUGCGACCGGAGUUUCUAUCCGGGCCGGGUCAUAAGCCUCCAGAUCCCAGUUCCAAGGAACACAUCGGACAGACGAGUUCGCAGAGCGUUGUGGUGGCUGUUGACCGCAUCUUCACAGGGUCAACACGACUCGAUGGUGAUGCCAUUGUCGAUUUUGUUAAGGCCCUUUGUCAGGUUUCUUUGGAUGAACUUGCUCAUCCCGGUCAUCCCCGGAUGUUCUCACUUCAAAAAAUUGUGGAAAUAUCUUACUACAACAUGGGGCGUAUCCGUCUACAAUGGUCACGUAUCUGGCAAGUUCUCGGUGAACACUUCAACACAGUCGGUUGCAAUCCUAAUGAAGAUAUUUGCUUUUUUGCGGUGGAUAGUCUACGUCAAUUAUCAAUGAAAUUCAUUGAAAAGGGCGAGUUCUCCAAUUUCCGUUUCCAGAAAGAUUUUCUAAGGCCAUUUGAACAUAUUAUGAAGAAGAAUGUAUCACCGACGAUAAGAGACAUGGUGGUACGUUGUGUAGCUCAAAUGGUUAAUUCCCAGGCCAACAACAUAAAAUCUGGUUGGAAGAACAUCUUUUCAGUAUUCCAUCUGGCUGCUGGUGACCAGGAAGAGGCCAUCGUCGAGCUGGCCUUCCAGACGACCGGCAAAAUCAUCACCGACCUGUACGCCAGACAGUUUCCGUCCAUGAUUGACUCGUUCCAGGACGCGGUCAAGUGCCUGUCGGAGUUCGCCUGCAACGCCCGCUUCCCCGACACCAGCAUGGAAGCCAUCAGACUGGUGAGGGUGUGCGCGCAGAGCGUGAGUGCGGCGCCGCAUCUCUUCGCCGACCACGCGGGCAUGGAGAACGACGUGGCGGUCGCGGAAGCGGACCGCGUGUGGGUGCGCGGCUGGUUCCCACUGCUCUUCUCUCUCAGCUGCGUGGUGAAUCGCUGCAAACUGGACGUCCGCACGCGCGCCCUCACCGUACUCUUCGAAAUAAUCAAGACGCACGGCGAUAGCUUCCAGCCGAACUGGUGGCGGGACCUGUUCAAGGUGUUGUUCCGCAUAUUUGACAACAUGAAGCUGCCCGAGAAGCACACCGAAAAGGCUGAAUGGAUGACCACCACUUGCAACCAUGCCCUCUAUGCCAUCGUGGAUGUUUUCACGCAGUACUUCGACGUUUUGGGGCCGCUGUUGCUUGAGGAGCUUUACUCUCAAUUGCACUGGUGCGUGCAGCAGGAUAACGAACAAUUGGCCCGUUCUGGCACCAACUGUUUAGAAAAUCUGGUUAAUUCCAACGGGCACAAGUUUGAUGACGACACAUGGAACAAAACGUGCCAAUGCAUGCUAGACAUUUUUAAUUCGACGAUACCGAAUGCCUUGCUCACGUGGAAGCCGGAUUCAAUAAAAACUGUGGCCGUCAUCGAACAGAACGGAGAUUUGGGUCCAAACAGAGGGAUUCUCAAACGACCUAGUCUGCAAGACAACACCGGCAAUCCGGACGCAAACCUAUUCAACGGACUAAUGAUCAAAAGCGCCGUUCAGCUGGAGCUGAUCCAAACGAUCGACAACAUUGUGUUUUAUCCGGCAACGUCCCGCAAAGAGGACGCCGAGACACUGGCCCUCGCAGCAGCCGACAUGACCGGAAACGGUGCACUCACCGAGUGUCAACGGGAAGAACAGGGCAUGUAUCGUCUUCUCACAGCACCCCAUCUUCUACAGCUCACGGACUGCCUACUACAGUCCCAUCGGUUUGCCAAAGCGUUUAACCUUAAUCACGAACAACGCAACCUAUUAUGGAAGGCGGGUUAUCGAGGCUCGGUGAAACCAAAUCUGCUGAAACAAGAGACUCAGAGUUUGGCUUGCCUGCUUCGUAUCUUGUUCAAAAUGUAUUGCGACGAUGGUCGCCAGCAACAUUGGGCACUGAUUGAGAGCAAGUUGAUCGCCGUCUGUCAGGAGGCGUUGGAAUAUUUCUUGAAAUUGCAGAGCGAAUCGCACCGCGAGGCGUGGACGUCGCUGCUUUUGCUCGUCCUCACCAGACUGCUGAAGAUGCCCGACAACAGGUUCGCAGUACACGUGUCCAGAUAUUACCCGAUGUUAUGCGAGAUCGUAUGCUUCGACCUUAAGGCGGAGCUUCGCUCGAUCCUGCGCAGAGUCUUCCUCCGAAUCGGACCCGUGUUUCAUAUCACGGCGACGUAGUACGACGUGGCGGGCUGUGGCCGGCUUAUGUACAUAAUCCUUUGAGUGGUCAAACGGAUUUCAACGCCUACAUGGACAUCUACACGAUUUUAUACUGAUUCAAGUACAAACUCGUUUUUUUUCUUUUUACAAUUGUUGGAUGUAAUUAUUUUGGAAUGGGUGGAAGUUUUUUUUCACUUAAUUUCAUCUUCGUAUAAUUACCCCGUUUUGGAUUUUUUAAUUUUAGCCUAAACUAUUGUGUGUAUACCCCGAUUUAGGCUAUUUUUUAGUAUCUGUAUAUAAUGACCCAUAUAUAUUAAUCAUUCCGUACUAAGUGAUAUAAAUAAAACUAAAAACUAAAGUUAACGAUGUAAGUAAACAAAAGAUAUGUUAUGUGCCUUGAAUAAUAUUGUUAUUUUGAAAUUAUUUAUUCGCUGUAAUUAUUCGGUACACGGUAGUUCGUUUUACAAGUUGUUUUUUUUUGUUUAUAACAAACGUGUUGUAUAUAUUAGAGCCAAGGCGAUAAUUUUCACCAGCCGUCUCUGUUUAUUGUUUUAAAUUAUUUAGUCAAUCAGUACUGUUUAUAUUACAAGCUGAAUUAAUGUUUUAUUAAAUAGUAUAAUUAAUAAAUAUUCGAUUAAUUUA